AUGCUAAAGGUCAUCUUGGCCGUGCUCUGUUUGGCAGCCACAGUUGAGGCGGGCAAUGUGGUCGUUUGCAAGGACAUCACGGAUUGCAAAACGUGCGCCGAGAGCUAUAUUCAUAUUCUCGGAUUCAAGGAGGACUGCCGAUGGUGUUUGGAGAACAACACGUGCGGAGGACCCAUCUCGUGUCCGAUCGGAAAGCCCGUGAUUCAGAAAGAUCCGUUCAAGUGUCCCACGCCGGUAAGAAUUUUGAAUUAUUUUGAAUAUCCACAUGAUCUCUUUUUAGUACAAGCCAACGGCCGGAAAGCGCUACACCGACGCUCUCGGUCGUUCCCUUUUCGCCGUUUCCGUGGCCGUGCGUGACAGUAACGUAACGGAAUGCCUCAGAAAUGUCCGUCCCGACAUCACUUUCGUCCGUCCCUACGAGGUCGAAUGCGAUGGAUCCGGAAACCUCUGCAAGGGAAUCAUCGCGAAGAGCGAGGAGGCGAAAGCUCUCUAUGUGGCCUACAAAGGAAGCACGUUCGGAAAGCAAGUGUUUGCCGAGAUGUUGCACGGACUGACUGCUCAGCUGGGAGCGUGGGAGAAAUUUGAAUCGCAGGACGCCGGAGUCAUCAACUACUUCCACACGGCCUUCUAUCGUCUGUUCAUUGACAGUGGGAUGAAGGAGGAUCUCAUCGAUUUGAUCAAGAAGCACAAGAACUAUCGUGUCUGGGUGAGUCUCUAUUGAGGUACCAAAAUCAGAACAACUUAUUUCAGCUGACCGGCCACUCUCUCGGAGGAUCUCUCGCCUCGAUGACCGCUCUCCACCUCGUCAAAAGCAAAACAAUCGACCGUAACCGUGUCCGUCUCAUCACUUUCGGCGAGCCGCGCACCGGAAACAUCGCCUUUGCCAAGGAGAUCGAAGAGAACCUUCCGUUCCGUUACCGAGUCAUCAAGCGGGCCGACCCUGUUCCGAACAUGCCAGCUCCCUUGAACCCGGCAGUUCUGACGGCCGCGCAGUACAACCGUCAGCCAAUGCACUGGCGCUAUUUGGUACACUACGAUAACAAUAUGGCGAAGGGAGAUGGAUUCGAGGUGUGUGAAGUGGCAGAUGACCUCGGCUGCCGGAAUCCUGCGGUCUCCAAUAUUGCCGAUCAUACCAGCUAUUUCCAAGUGGAUCAGGACGAUUUCGUUCGCAAUCACUGCCCGCGCGGUGAACUCAUCUGA